GAAUCCUCAAGAGACAGGAGUCAAAUAACAGACUUGAAAAGGAAAAGGAAAACUAUCCAUUAUGAACCUUAAGCUAGAGCUCCACGCCAUUAUCUUGCUCCCUGUGUACUUAUUGAUAUCUCUGUACAGUGCCCUUGUAUUCAUACCAUGGUAUUUUCUUACCAAUGCUAAGAAGAAAAAAGCUAUGGCAAAGCGCUUAAAAGCUAAGCCCGUCUCGGAAAACCCUGGAAGCCCAUACCGAGCCAUUUCCCAUCUUGAGACACUAGCCACUAUAGACUUUCCUGGAGCAGACACUUUGGACAAAUUGUUUGACCAUGCUGUUGCGAAGUUUGGGAAAAAGGAUUGUCUUGGAACAAGAGAGCUCCUGAGUGAAGAGAAUGAAAUGCAGCCCAAUGGGAAAGUAUUUAAAAAGCUGAUCCUGGGAAACUAUAGAUGGCUAAGCUAUGAAGAAGUGAACCAGAAAGUAGACUACUUUGGGAGCGGAUUAGCUGCAAUAGGACUGAAACCAAAGAGCACAGUUGCCAUAUUCUGUGAAACCCGGGCAGAAUGGAUCAUUGCAGCCCAGACCUGUUUCCGAUACAACUUUCCUCUCGUUACUUUAUACGCAACCCUUGGAGAAGAGGCAGUAACCUAUGGGCUGAAUGAAUCCGGAGCAUCGUAUCUAAUCACUAGCACAGACCUUUUAGAAGGCAAACUUAAGAAUGUACUGCAAGACAUCACUUGCCUCAAACAUAUCAUUUAUGUUGACAAGAAGACUAUCAAUAAGUCAGACUAUUCUGAAAGACUGGAGGUCCAUAGCAUGCAGACAAUAGAAGAACUCGGCGCCAGACCUGAGAACAUAAGCAUCCCUCCCAGCCGGCCUCUUCCUACAGAUCUGGCCCUAGUAAUGUACACCAGCGGGUCCACCGGGAGGCCCAAAGGCGUGAUGAUGAUGCAUAAAAACCUGAUAGCCGGAAUGACGGGACAGUGUGAACGAAUACCUGGACUCGGACCCAAGGACACCUACAUUGGCUACCUGCCUCUAGCUCACGUCUUAGAAAUGACAGCGGAAAUUUCCUGUAUUACUUACGGCUGCAGGGUCGGAUACUCCUCUCCACUCACGCUCUCAGACCAGUCGAGCAAAAUUAAGAAGGGAAGCAAAGGAGACUGCAGUGUCCUGAAACCCACCCUGAUGGCAGCUGUGCCGGAAAUCAUGGAUCGAAUUUAUAAGAAUGUAAUGAGUAAAGUUCAAGAGAUGAACUAUAUUCAAAAGACGUUGUUCAAGAUAGGUUAUGAUUACAAAUUGGAGCAAAUCAAGAGGGGAUACGAUGCGCCGCUCUGUAACUUAUUACUGUUUAAAAAAGUGAAAGCACUGCUGGGAGGGAAUGUACGUAUGAUGCUGUCUGGAGGCGCACCCCUUUCACCUCAAACACAAAGGUUCAUGAACAUCUGUUUCUGCUGCCCUGUUGGCCAAGGUUACGGAUUAACAGAAACCUGUGGCGCAGGAACAAUUACAGAAGUUACUGACUACAGCACUGGCAGAGUUGGAGCUCCUCUUGUCUGCUGUGAGAUUAAACUGAGAGACUGGCAAGAAGGAGGCUAUACCAAUAGAGACAAACCAAACCCCAGAGGUGAGAUUAUAAUUGGUGGACCCAAUGUCUCAAUGGGCUACUUCAGAAACGAAGAGAAGACAGCAGAAGACUUCAUCACUGAUGAAAACGGUCAACGAUGGUUCUGUACCGGGGACAUUGGAGAGUUUCAUCCUGACGGCUGCCUGCAAAUCAUAGAUCGCAAAAAAGAUUUGGUGAAGCUGCAGGCAGGAGAAUACGUAUCGCUGGGCAAGGUGGAGGCAGCCCUGAAAAACUGCCCGCUUAUUGACAACAUCUGUGCUUAUGCCAAAAGUGAUCAGUCUUAUGUGAUCAGCUUUGUGGUUCCCAAUCAGAAGAAACUAACCGAUCUUGCUGAACAGAAAGGUGUGACCGGAACCUGGGUGGACAUCUGUAACAAUCCUAUCAUGGAAGCUGAAAUCCUGAAAGAGAUUAAGGAGGUGGCUAACAAAAUGAAGCUGGAGAGAUUUGAAAUACCAGUCAAAGUGCGGUUAAGCCCAGAACCUUGGACCCCAGAGACCGGCCUGGUGACAGAUGCUUUCAAGCUGAAACGGAAAGAGCUGAAGAACCAUUACCUCAAUGACAUCGAACGAAUGUACGGAGGUAAAUAACCUCCAAACCACCUUGCGUUGGAAGCUGCGCAGGGUUCCUUCGAAGACUGAGUGACGAAUGUUAAUUCCCCCAGAUGUUGGCUGUAAUUAUACACUGAGAGCUGGCCCUUUGCGAAAUUGAGAAAAGCAGCCACCUCCCCCCAAUUUCUAAGAAGGAACGGCGCUCGCUUUGUGAACAACUCUUUCCAAGAUGCUGUCAAAAUGACUGACCCACUGCCACUGUUCCAUCUGAUCACUGCCAGUCCCGAGAUGGCUGUGUUCAUAUGAAACUCCCUCGCUCUUCUGUUUUGCCUCCUUUUUCGACCCACGCGGAAUUAAAUCGUCUUCGAGGAUUCCAUUACGGUGUUCUUUCCAAACUGAGCCUGUAUUUAAUGUGUGCCCUGUACAAGGAAAAAAGCAAAGAAAGAGUAGACAGAACUAAGCUGGUAGCUCGCACAGAAUGCCUCUUCACAAUCUGCAAAUCUCAGGUCCUUUGCUAGGUAAAGGUAGCUUCUUUGAACGUGGCAGUCACCAUGAGGAGCUAAGAGACAGAGAAGGGGAGCUCCUCUACGGAACGAGUGGUUACUUUCACACAGCCCAAACAACUGACUCACCCCUGGUUGGCUGCUUGGAUUUUGCCCCAUGAAUAUUCAGCUAAGCAGUUUUUUCAGCUGUGACGUUGCCCAUGGAGGUCUGUCCCUUUCCGUGCCGCUGGCCGUAGUUAGGCUGCUAAAGAGGAAAUUUCAGCUGUGUGAAAGUACCCAGAGAAGAGACAAUGUGUGGUCCUUUUCCCUUGAGUACUGAGGGCCCAUUCCAGUUUGCUCCUUUUUACUCUACAACGGAAGAAAUGUAGAUGCAGCUUUGAAAGCCACACUUUCUCUCCAGUAUCCUCAGCCUUUCACUGAGCACAGAUCACAACAUUCCCUCGACUGAACGGUUCACAAGCUUCUGAAUUGGAUGGUGAAAAGGGGGCAAAGGAGUGCAGUGCUGAGAUCUUCCGCAUGCCAGUAUUCUGGGGAGCCGUAGUGCCUAAAGGGGAAACCAGCACACUUUAAGAGGAGGCGAACGACUGGCCGUCCACAAUGCGUUUUACCCAUUCCUUGACCCGCAUUUCCAAUACUGCCACAAAGGUUCUUUUCCUACUUAAGCCUCAAAAGAAUAGUCUUCGAAAGAAGAUAGGCUAGGGAUGUUUGCCUUCUUCAGCACUGCGCUGGCUUGUAAAGUAAAGAUAAUGCUGGCAUCCACACAGUCUCAAAGACUUUUAUUUAAACUUUGGUUAUUGCUCUGAAAUCAGUGGGACAAAACAACCUUUGACAGGUAAAGAUUUGCGUGGCCUGUUCGGCUUUUUAAAAACCUACAUCAUUAUAUGCCACAAGUAUGAAAUUUUGAGAUCUUUGUGCCUGCUCCUCCGAAUGCACACACACACCAGGAAUUAAACUGUAUUCAAGUUCCC